AUGGCUGAUACAGCACCUCCAGCAGGCCAUCGUCGGCGCAGCUUCCUAGGCAAGCUCUUUGGCAAAAAGGACAAGCACAACGCCAGCGACGCAACACCCCCGCCAUACGAGAACAACACCCAGACCAAUCCCUCUGCUGCAGUUGACUCCGUGAAGGAGAAUCGCACUGAGAACAAUCAUUUUCAUGAAGCUGAAGAGUACAUUAAGGAUGAGGAGGCCAAGCUCAAGGACCACUUGCAUAAAUCAGGGGAACCUGGGGACAUUAGCAGCGAAAGUAGCACCAAAAAGUACUUUGCCAAAGCUGAGAAUGCUGCAAAGAAAGAGGGAGAGAAGAUAGAGGAAGAUUGGAAGAACGCGCAGCGGCCCGAGUCUGCAGAGGACAAAUAUGGAGAUUUAAUGUAG